AUGGGAAAUCAGAAGAAGCCGAAAGUUGCUGGAAAUGUGAUCAAGUCAAAGACUUUUGCCAAGCGGAAGAUCAAAGUUGGUAAAACAUUGAAGAAAACGAAUGCAACUGAUUCCUCGUUUACUACAAAAUCUGUGGUGAUACUGAAACAGUUUGCUGAUUCUACAACCGAGCCUGUAUCGCAUCGUGGACUGACCUUGAAGGAUCUCAAUACACAAAUCGGACAUUCCGGCUUCAACUUCAGAAAAGAUGCGGUUUUAGGUAAGUAAAACUGCAAAUUUGAUGUAAUUUUUGUUUUAGGAAUGAAACAGCUUCUUGCCGACAACCCAGAGUUGAUCGUGAACCAUUUGUACGAUAUCGUUUCUUCAGUUGGUAGACUUUUGAUCGAUGAUGUAAGUGAAUUACUUUUAAAUUAAUUUUGAGUACUUUAGAAUUUCGCAUCAAAUAAAGCGGCAUCAGGAAAUCUUCGUGCUUUGUUCAAGCUUCUAUUUUCGGUUCCAGAAAAGGCAAUGUCUACACCAUUCCCCAUUCUGAAAUCUCAUAUUCGGAUAUCGUUGACACACAAAAAACUGCCGGUCAGAAUAUUCGGACUUUCCAUUUUGAAUAUGAUGAUGGAGUCGUAUCCUGGACUUUGUCGACAAUCGUUGGACUUGAGGGAAAGUUUCUUAUCGUUGAUGCAAAGCCAGAAGAGACCCAGCGACACAAUACUGGUGUCCAAUUCCAUCAGCCUGUUCAAGAGUGUGUAUGAGACCCCUGAGCAGAGGAAGACAAUUGUACGAACGGACGAGAUGCAACUCAGUAUUUCCCAGUUGACUCUUACCAAACUCUCAACUACUCUUCCAGACUUUGAUCGGUUCAGGUUUUCAGUUUUUGAUUCCGAUUACGAGAAGGUUAAAAAUCCAAUUGAUUCUUCGUUUCUGGAAGACAUUUUGGGCCAAUAA